AUGAAUCGAGAUAGUAGCUUGGAGGAUUUAGGGUUUCAAUCAUUUUCUGAAAGGUUGCAUGGGGAUGUGUUUAUUCGGCAGCCGGCUAAUAGUCAAAACCCUAGUCUUGGCAAGGGUUUUGAGGGGAGGCCGAUUAAUAUAGAAGGAAAUCUGGUGAUGCCUAGAAGAGGUGUUGUUCAGCAGGCCACUUCUGGUCAGAAACCGAUUAACAUAAUUGACGAACUAGAAAAAAUUACUGAGCCAGUCGUUCUUGAGGAUGUUGAAGCAGGUAAUCUGGAUAGUGGUAAUGGCAUGAAAGGGCAGACAUAUGCGGAGAAGCUGGCAACGGUCAAACCAGUUCAAAAGGUUAACUUCAGAUUUCUGGAAAACACCAAAGCCGCUGAAGAUGUUGACGCUGAUGUUAUGAUUCCAAUCGCCUCGGUUAAACAGGUUCAGGAUCGAUUUAAUAAUGUGCUUUUUGGUUAUUUUCUUGGGAAAAGACUAGCGUUCCCGGUUGUGGAAUAUUUUGUUAGCCAAAGAUGGGGGAAAUAUGGUAUGCAAAAGUGUAUGAUGAAUGGAAAAGGAUUUUUCUUUUUUAAAUUCAAGUCUAAGGAUGGAAUGGAACAAGUAUUGCAAGAUGGACCAUGGCUUAUCAGGAAUAUCCCGCUGUUUUUGAAACAAUGGUCUCCGAAUACGGAGUUGAAGAAAGAAGAGCUAAAAAAGGUACCAGUAUGGGUUAAAAUGCAUGAUGUUCCGUUGGCGGCUUACACUGAGGAUGGUCUAAGUCUGAUUGCUUCGAAGGUGGGAACCCCUAAAAUGCUGGAUAAUGAGACAACCAGAAUGUGUUUAGACUCGUGGGGCAGAAGUGGAUACGCUAGAGCGAUAGUUGAACUGGAUGCGGAUAAGGAUCUGAAAGAAAACGUUACUGUAGCAAUUCCAAAUGUAGAAGAGGGUGGGUACCUCAAGAUUAGUAUCCAUUUGGAGUAUGAAUGGAAACCACCACAUUGCAAAACUUGCAAGGUGUUUGGCCAUGGAAUGCAUGAAUGUCCGAUAAAACUUGCUGAUGAUAAGGGUCAGAAUAAUAAAGAUAAGGUGGAUGAUCAGGGUUUUAAAAGUGGUAAUAACCAGAAGAAGGUGGUCAAACAACAGUUUAAUAUGAAGGAUAAGCAGAGGUUGAUUUACAGGCCUAAGAAACGUGAUGAAAAUGUGGACUCUUCUAAGCCGAAAUCAGCUAAAGGGGCUGGUGAUUCUAAGGGCCCGGGUAUUCGAACACAAAAUAAAUUUCAUGCCUUAAAUGAUAUGGAGGAUGAAUGGGGUUCCGAUAUGGAAGAAGAUAGGGUGAAUCCGAAUGUGGGAGGAUAUGAUUUUUUGGAUGACGAAAAUCCAAGUCACUUGAAUAAUACAGGUGCAAGCACACCUGCUCAGGAGGUUAUAGCUAUUCUGGAGUCUCAUGUUCAGACUGCUAACUUGGAUAAGGUUUGUAACAAGGUUCUUCGGAAUUGGGAGUGGACUUCAAAUGGUAGUUUGUGCGAUAAAGGUACGAGAGUUAUUGUUGGGUGGAAUGCGGAUACAGUAGAUGUUGUAGUCCUACAUGCUACUAAUCAAGUUGUUCAUGUUCAAGCUCGGUUCAAAAAAGAUAAUGCAAUGGUAAAUAUUUCCUUUGUCUACGCAAGUAACAAUGAUCAAGAAAGGAAAUAUCUUUGGGAUUCGCUAAAAAUGCAUAAGGGGGUUGUUCAAUCGGACCCGUGGAUUAUAAUGGGGGAUUUUAAUGUGGUUUUGAACCUAGAGGAUAACUGUAUGUGGUCGUCAAAGGUGAAUGCUGCCAUGAUGGAUUUUAAUGAGUGUGUGAAACAUCUCGAAGUUUUUGAUCUUAGAGCUCAUGGGUUGCACUACACUUGGAAUCAAAGUCCGAAAAAAGGGAUUGGAAUCCGAAAGAAACUGGACAGGAUUAUGGCAAAUGUCAGUUUUGUGGAGAAAUUUGCCGAUGCUUUUGCGGUGUUUAUGCCUCACGGUAUUUCGGACCAUUGUCCAGCUUUGCUAAAACUUCUUAAGGCCACUAAGGUUAAACCUAAACCUUUUAAAUUCAGUAAUUUUUUGACGCAUAAGAAGGAUUUUUUGCAAACUGUCAUGACGGGUUGGGAAGCUGAGAUUAUGGGGGUUCCCAUGUUUCGUCUAGUAAAGAAGCUUAGAGGCCUUAAACGUCCUCUAAGAUUGUUACUAAAAAAACAAGGAAAUAUUUAUAAAAAGGUGAUAGACUUGAAGGCAGAAUUGGACUCGUUGCAAAGUAAGUUGGAUGCUGAUCCUUUUAAUUUAACAAUCAAAGAAGCGGAAUCCGUUUGUGUGAAGAACUACUUGGAGGCGACUUUGGAUGAAGAGCGCUUUUUGAAACAGAAGGCAAAACAGAAAUGGUUGGAAGCUGGAGACUCAAAUACCAAAUUCUUUCAUAAUGUGGUCAAAUAUCGCAAUCAUUUUAACAAAAUAAACAUUAUUAAAGAUGUUUCUGGUAAUACUCAUGAAGGGGAUGGAGUCUCUUUGGCCUUAGUGAAUCAUUUCCGGGAUUUUCUGGGUUCGGAAGGGAACACGAUCAGCCGAGUGGAUCGAGACAUUUUUUCAGUCACCGUUAACCCUAGUGUAGCUGAUUAUAUGUGUAGACAAGUGACUCCGGAUGUAGUAAAAGCGGCUGUUUUUUCGAUUAAUGAAAACAAGGCUCCGGGGCCGGAUGGGUACACGUCUGAUUUCUUUAAGAAGUCAUGGUCUAUUGUCGGAAAUGAGGUAACGACUGCUAUUAUUGAUUUUUUUGAGUCGGGUAGACUACUUCAGGAGAUAAAUCACACGUUUUUAGCUCUCAUUCCUAAAGUUCCCACUCCGGGAGUGGUCACGGAUUAUAGGCCAAUUUCAUGUUGUAAUGUGGUCUAUGAAGCGAUUAGCAAGAUUCUCACAGCUAGGAUUCUGGAAGGUUUAAAGGAUAUUAUAAGUGAAAAUCAAUCGGCUUUUGUUCCGGGUAGGAGGAUAUCGGAUAAUAUAAUGUUGACUCAAGAGCUAAUGCAUAAUUAUCAUCGUCAAAUGGGUCCUCCUCGAUGUGCUAUGAAAGUAGAUAUUCAAAAGGCGUAUGAUACAGUGGAUUGGAGAUUUCUUCGUGAUGUUUUGCAUGGCUUUGGGUUUCGGCAUCGAUUUAUUGGUUGGAUUACGGAGUGUAUCACUACUACAUCCUUUUCCUUGAGUGUGAAUGGUAAUGUGCAUGGUUAUUUCAAAGGAAAGCGGGGGUUGCGGCAAGGGGAUCCAAUGUCCCCCUAUUUAUUCACUAUGGUCAUGGAAGUAUUAACUCUGAUUCUCAACAAAGCCGCUGAAUUGGAUUCAUCGUUUAGGUUCCAUAAUAAAUGUGAGAAGCAAAUGAUAAUCAAGGUGUGUUUUGCUGAUGAUCUCUUCUUGUUUACCAGAGGGGAUGUUGGCUCGGUUAAGGUUGUGAUGCGCUCAUUGCAACAGUUCGAGAAGGUUUCUGGCUUAGUUCCUAGCAAUGCAAAAAGCACAAUAUUUUUUUGCAAUGUACCGUUAGCUACUAAGAAUAGAAUUGCAGAUAUGGUCCCAUUCGAUGAAGGGAAACUUCCUAUCAGAUAUUUAGGAGUUCCGUUACUUGCUUCUCGUCUUUUGAUCAAAGAUUGCAAAGUUUUGGUGGAGCGUAUGUCUAAACGUAUUAAUGACUGGAAAAACAGGUUUCUCUCAUUUGCGGGAAGACUUCAGCUAGUUCUAUCGGUUCUCUCCUCAAUUCAUGUAUACUGGGCUUCAGUUUUCAUCUUACCGGCCAGUAUCAUUAAGGAGUUAGAAUCCAAGAUGAAACAUUUUUUAUGGGGCCAUGGUAUGGGUUCGAAAGGUAGAGCCAAAGUAGCUUGGAAGGAGGUAUGUCUGCCAAAGCUGGAAGGCGGGUUAGGCAUUAGACGGAUAUCGGAUGUUAACAAGUCGUUGAUGGCUUAUCACAUUUAUAGUAUCGUUUCGGGUAGGAACUCGUUAUGGACAAACUGGAUUGUUUUGCAUAGGCUUCGAGGACGGUGUCUUUGGGACAUUCCGGUUCGAUCUAACUCACCGUGGGGAUGGAAAAAAUUAAUGAAGUGUUGGGAUAAAUUUCGUAAUCAUUUGUGGAGUAAGAUUGGUAAUGGAAAUAACACCUUUCUAUGGUUUGAUAAAUGGACGAAUGAAUGCCCUCUUAGUCAACUUGUGUCCCCGCGUCAGAUGGCCAGGUAUGGGUUUUCAGUUAAGUCGAAAAUAAAAGAUGCAUUUAUAGAUGGGCAAUGGGUUUGGCCGGAAGAUUGGAGGAGUGUAUUUCCGACAUUAUUCCAGCUUCGGCCUCUGAUGUUAUCCGAAACUCAAGACAGGAUCUUAUGGAUGAAGCAUGAUGGGAAGCUUGCUCCGUUCUCGUCAAAGGAAGUAUGGGAUGCUGUCCGGGUCCGAGAUCAGCCUAAAUCAUGGGCGAAAGUGGUUUGGUCGUCCUUCAACAUUCCGAAACACUCUUUUCUGUGUUGGCUUAUCUUCAAGAAAAAACUCUGGACUCAAGAUCGGAUUUUGAGAUGGAAUCAUGCUGUUACGGGAUCUAUGAAUCUUAUGUGCUGCUUGCUUUGUUAUUCGGAGAUAGAGACUCAUGAGCAUUUGUUUUUCGAAUGCCCAUACUCGAAAUCGGUAUGGCAUAAAGUUCGUCAGAAAGCUUACAUGGAAUCGGUUCAAGACUCUUGGGAUGACAUCUCGGCUUGGUUGAUCUCUAGAGCUAAGUCGAAGUCAGUUGUGUCUAUUGCUGGUAGAUUGGUGGUAGCGGCUGCUGCUUAUGCUAUUUGGUGUGAACGCAACUCCAAAUUUUUCAAUAACCGAUUGAGACCAGAAAAAGUGGCUGAUUUUAUUAUCGACACCGUCCGAGCCAAGUUAAUCUCUUUCAAGUACAAACAAACGACAAAAGUUAAGCGAUUUUUGGAAGAGUGGAAGAUGGAUAAGGAAGAUUUCUUGGAUGACGAUUGA